GUAAAUCAUUCGACGACGUAAGGUUAGAGGAACUCAAUCUAACGCAACUCUGCAUACAGCGUCAACCCAAGUCGUAUGUGGCCUGGACACAUCGGCAAUGGACCGUUCUGUUCGGGUCUAAACUACAAACCAGGUACAAGCCCAUGUUGCCGUAUAAGGACACUUGCACCCACCCCGCCGCGGGGUCUGAGACAACCCCAGAG